AUACUAAGGUAUACGCAAAAGCAACUAUACGAUGUUGUGUCGGAUGUGAAUUCUUAUCACCGUUUUGUUCCAUACUGUACUGGGUCAAGAGUGGUUUCUAAACCACGUCAGGACGCGAAAUCGAAGCAUGACGAACCAUAUUUGAUGGAGAUGACGGUUGUAUUUCUGAGCGUUCGACAGACGUAUGUAAGUGAGGUAUGGUUUAAACCAUUUGAAAGUGUUCAGGCUGUGGCUGCUAGUGGAAACUCUGUCUUCAAAUCCUUGCAGAGCAUCUGGACCUUUCAGCCUCUUAUUCCAUCGGCAACAUCGUCUUCUACAACGUCAAAGGCAACGACCUCAUCCCCCUCGCUCGUUCCCAACGAGUCCCCUCAAACACGCGUCUCCCUCGAAGUCAUCUUCCAUUUCCAGAAUCCAUUGCAUGCCGCUCUCAGUAGAGCCUUUACGGACCAGAUAUCACACCCGAUGAUUGCAGCUUUUGAAGAACGAUGUAAAGUCAUCUAUGGAACCCCUUCAAGCCAGACCCUCCCUCGGUCCACGUAA